AUAGGAGGUUUCGACUUUCGAUCCAUUUACUCGUUAGGGUUUCGACAGAGAAGAGGAGAGAGAGUAGAAAGAGAAGAAACAAUGGCGUCUAGGCUCUCUGGCAAGGGAAAGGGAAAGUUGGGAAAGAUCAAGGGAUCUGAACCUCCGUCUAAGAUGAAAUGCGUUAAGGAGUGGAGCACUUGGACCUUGAAAAAGGCUAAGGUUGUGGCCCAUUAUGGCUUCAUUCCAUUAAUUAUAGUCAUUGGAAUGAAUUCCGAGCCCAAACCCUAUUUGUCUCAGCUCGUGAGCCCUUUUUGAAUCAAUCCAAGAAAGCCAACAUAUAAGCUUUUGUUCUAUUUCAUAUACAGUUGCAGGUGUAGAUGAUGUUUUCCUUUUGAUUAGAUGGUGUAUUUUUUGUUUUGCAUUUUUUUCAGCAUUAAGAAAUGUAGUUGGGGUCUUUCUAAGUAUGGUUUAAUGGACAUUGUUAAACAGUGUUUAAUUGGCAUAGAUGGUUGUAUGCAAUUUAGCUGGUUUUGUAGGAACCGUUACCGUUUAUCGUUUGAAUAUAUGUAGAUAUGAUAAUAUAUGUUGGUAUCUAAUAAGUUCUUUUUCUGCUGGCUA